AUGACAACAAGCUCAUCAACUCCUGUGAGCUCACAAACCAAUGGCCAUACAAACGGCUCGCACCAAAAUGGGCACGCAUUCAGGUCCGACGUCUGCGUCGUCGGAGCCGGACCAGCCGGCCUAAUGCUCGGGUCUCUCAUGGCAAGAUUCGGUCAAAAGGUCCAAGUCAUUGACGAAAGGCCGGAUCAGACUACAGUAGGCCGCGCCGAUGGAAUUCAGCCAAAGUCGAUUGAGACGCUGCAGAUGCUGCGCCUCGGCGACGAGCUAUUCCGCACCGGUGUUAAGGUCCAUGACAUUUGUAUGUGGCAGAGCUCGAGCGAUUCUGACCUGCACCGGUUGAGUCGCUCGAUCCACUACCCUCCCUCUGUCGUGGAUCUUUUGCAACCCUACAUCUUAUUAUGUCACCAGGGCAUGAUUGAAGGUGUCUUCAUCGAUGACCUUCGCAAGAGCGGUGUCGAAGUGAAACGUAGUCACAGCUUCCAGGCCUACAGCACUUUGGACGAUGGCUCAUUGAGCAUUGAAUGCGAUCGGCAAGGGGAAGGAAAGACAUCCAUCAACUCGGAGUUUCUGGUGGGAUGUGACGGCGCGCGAUCUCUCGUUCGAAAGAGCAUCCCCGACACAUUCGCCCAAGGUUCACCGCAUGCUUCGGUAUGGGGCGUCCUCGAUGGCGAACUGGAGACAGACUUCCCCGACCUCUGGAGCAAGACGGUAGUCUUCUCUGAGAAGUACGGUUCCAUCCUCAUCAUUCCCCGCGAACGCAAUAUGACGCGCUUCUACGUCGAAAUGAAAUCGUCAACAUCCUCAAAAGACCUAGGAGAAGAAUACGUUAUGGAACAAGCCCGCCUUAUCCUAUCACCCUACAGCGUCAAAUGGCGCUCUGUAGAGUGGUUUGGCAAUUAUCAAGUCGCCCAGCGCGUGGCCGCCCGCUUCUCCGACCCGGCCCAGCGCGCCUUCAUCGCCGGCGACGCCAGCCACACGCACAGUCCCAAGGCAGCGCAGGGCAUGAACACAAGCAUCCACGACACCUGGAACCUCGGGUGGAAACUCAACCUCGCUCUGCGCGGGCUCGCAAAGGGCGACGUGUUGCUUGCGACCUAUGAGCACGAGCGCAAGAAGAUUGCGCACGAUCUCAUCAACUUCGACUUUGAGCACGCCAACGAGAUCGCUCGCGGCGACGCGAAGCGGCUGGCAGAUAACUUCAAGACAAACACGCGCUUCAUUUCUGGCGUCGGGGUCGAGUAUGGCGAGAACGAGCUCAACCAGGGUCGGGAUGACGGCGUUCAAGGCGCCGCGAAGCCGGGAUGCAACCUCCCGCCUGCAAAGGCUACCCGAUAUAUCGAUGCUUGCCCUAUCGACGUGCAGCUCGAUAUUCCGGUCUUGGGUCAGUUCCGCAUCUACGCAGUCUUGGACGACGUCUCUGGCGCUGCGGGUGUCUCUUUUCUGCGUGACUUCAGCACCGGCGUAGCAUCUGCGUCUUCAUUGGUGUCGAGACUUUCCGCAGCAGCAGCGCAGUCGUACAAGGUGAAGCCACGCGCCAGUCGGACGGACGAUAUUCAUGUACGCCCUGAGAGAUAUACAUCUGUCAGUCAAUUAUGCACAUUUGCGCUCGUCACAUCUACGGAAAAGGAGAACUUUGAAAUCUCUUCGCUUCCUCCCGUGUUCUCACAGAGUGCCUGGACCGUCUAUCUCGACGAUGUAGCACCUCUGGAUACACAAGGACGCUCCUGUACAGACAAGUGGCUUGGUGGUCUCGCAACGGACGAAGCUUCCCUUAUCGUCGUCCGCCCGGACGGCUACGUGGGUACCAUCGGCCGCUGGCAGGCAAGCGAAAGCGGCAACGGUGAGAUGGCGGCGCAAUGGCUGGAUGACUACUUUGGCGGUUUUUUACAAGCGCCGGACAUGUAG